AUGCCUUCCAACUCGAAACGAUCAGCUACAGUGCCAGCAGGCUCAUCGGGUCAAAAUCCAACCUCCUCCAACACAGUUAGCACCCCAGCCAAUGCUAGCACCACGACGUCCACAAUGCCACCCACAGAAGGCGUAAGUCCAGGUAGCUUGCCAGCUAAGUGCUUGGUUAACCAACCAUCGAAUCUACAGGCCCCUACCGUCAACCGGAAGAAGCAGAAGCGGCGGCAGAAACAAGCUGCUCGUUUAGCCGCGGAACAGCAACGUAGUGAUGCGUCUACCCCCACAAACAGAAACGGUCAGGAUGGCAGUGACGGGUAUGAUACUGGCACCAGGCUUGGGCACACCUGCAGCUCAACGCAGCAACGUAUGUCUAACAACAAGAGCGAGUCGAUUGACAACCCUGGCGCAUGGUAUUCGGACGACGACCGGAAUUUUUCACGCAACCAGCAUGACGAUCAUCAACAACAUAAUAAUAACAGUAAUAAUAACGAUGGAGGUUCGAGUCAACCCCAGAAUAAUGCUGGAAGUCGGAAGAGCAAAAAGAAGAAAGGCAAAAAGGGUCGGAAUGGAGGCCAGACUGCUGAAGGGAGCUCUACAUCCCACUCAACACCACCACCACCCCCACCACCCCUUACCUCUUCGGCACGCCCUGUUGGAGUACCGCCGCCCCUCGUCAACGCCUAUCGAUCAGCUCACAGAAUAUCCAAGGAUCGCAUAUGGAACACGUCAACUCAUGAAGAGCGGGAGAAUAUUAAAGAAUUCUGGCUACAGCUAGGCGAAGAGGAACGCCGUUCGCUAGUCAAGGUCGAGAAGGAAGCUGUAUUGCGGAAAAUGAAAGAGCAGCAAAAGCAUUCCUGCAGCUGCACGGUAUGCGGGAGGAAACGAACAGCCAUUGAGGAGGAGCUGGAGGUAUUAUAUGACGCAUAUUACGAAGAGCUGGAACAGUAUGCCAACAAUAACCAGGCCUCCUUUGAGAACGGCACUUCGCUUCGACUACCGCCCCGGCUAUAUCAAACACCUAUUCGAUCUCUACACCAUCACCACCACCAUCAUCACCACGCUCAUUCCCACUCCCAUUCCCACUCGCACUCCCACUCUCACUCUCACAUACCCAACACCCAACACCCGUCACGAGGGCGAGUACACGAACUACCAGAAGACGAGGAGGACGAGGAACUAGAGGAAGAUUAUGACGACGAAGAUGAAGAAGACGAGGAACCUUAUAGUGAUGAUGACCUCGACGUGGACACUAGGACAACUAGAGCCGACUUCUUUGCCUUUGGAAAUAGUCUAACAGUGAAGGAUGGGAUCCUGACAGUAGCAGACGAUUUACUAAAAAAUGACGGGAAACAUUUCAUUGAUAUGAUGGAACAGUUAGCAGAACGGCGGAUGCAGCGUGAAGAGGAGACACAAUAUCUCGCUUCGGCGGGCCAUCCACCUAUGCAAGCUGGUCAUAAUCAUGGAGCUCCAUUAGACGAUGAAGACUAUGACGAUGACGAGGAUGAAGACUAUGAUAGCCAGGAAGACGAUGAAUUUGAAGAAGACGAAAUGGAAAACGUAUCCAUACUAAUUACUUUGCCACAGGAUGCAAUGACGGAGGAGCAACGAAUGGAAGAAGGGCGGCGGAUGUUCCAGAUAUUCGCCGCUAGAAUGUUCGAGCAACGGGUUCUGACAGCUUAUCGAGAAAAGGUUGCCCGUGAAAGACAGCAACGGCUUAUAGAGGAACUUGAAGAAGAGAACCGGCUGGAUGAAGAGCGUGAAGCAAAGAAAGCCAAAGAAGCGCAAAAGAAAAAGGACAAAAAGCGCUUACAGAAACAAGCCAAGGACGAGGAGAAAGCUAGACGGGAGGCUGAACGAGCCGCCGAGCUUGCUGCCCAAAAGGCAGCAGAAGAGGCGAAACUCAAAGAACAGCAACGGAAGAGAGAAGAGCAAAGGAAGAAAAAGGAGGCCGAAAAGAAAGCUCAGGAGGAAGAGCGACUCCGGAAAGAAGCUGAUCGCCAAAGACGGCUGAAGGAGGAGCGUGAACGUCAGGCAGAGGCUGAGAGAAAGCAACGAGAGCAAAAGGAGAGAGAGAAGAAGAAACGCGAGGAGGCAAAGAGAAAGGAACGGGAAGAACGGGAGGCCAAAGAAAAAGAGCAACGAGAGCGAAAAGCCAGAGAAGAGCGUGAACAGAAGGCUAAAGCAGAGCAAGAAAAACGAGAAAAAGAUGCCGCUGCUGCUGCCGCUGCGGCGAAGGCUGAUCGUGAACACAGACGGGAUGAGUUGGGAUCUAUUCAGCCCGAACAACAUCUACCAGCUCAAGGUGCAAAGCGGACUUCACAGCCUGGAGCAGCCUAUUAUCCGCCAGGGCUCCACCAUCCACAACCUCCAAAUCUGCUUCAGUCACCUCAUUUCCAGGUUGCUACGCCUGUGAUACCAAAGGCGCCAACGCCCGUUCGAGCUAGGCAAGCUUCCCAGCAGGACUCCCAUGCUUCGUCACCUCGCUCUCAACCUGCAUACGCCGAUACCCUGCAAAACUCAAUUUCUCCUGGAGCUGCGCAUUCGUCCGGUGCGUCCAGCGUUGUGUCAAAUAAGGGAAUGGCACCACAUCCGAGCAGCCUUCACCACCCGCAACAAGCUGCGCCUCUGUCGCCUUUGGGAGGGCCAGGCCGCAGUGGUCAACCUCCGCCAGGAUUCAAUGCUCUGCCAAAUUUAAAUGGUAUCCCCAGUGCUGGAGUACCAGGAAUGGGACAUCGUGGAUCUUUAAGCCAUGAGAACCCCAUGUACCCGAACCCCCUUGCCGGUCAGUUUAGAGGAAUUGGGUCACCAGACGGUCUCUCCGCUCCACCAGGGAUUGUUCCUAGACAUUCUUCUCAGAGCAGGGGAUUUGGCUUGGAAUCAACCCACAAUCCAUUGGCUUUCCACUCCCCGCUAAUGACAUCGGGAACUCUUGGCCCACAACCUCUCCAGAUACCCCGUGAGAGUCUCUCCCAUGGGCAUGGACAUACUAGUCAGCUCUCUGCGGCAAUUGAUAGGAGUGCUAAUGAGCCUCUUCCCCUCAAUCAACCUAUAGGGUCCCGCCCGGCCCCUAUCCAGCGGCCGUCUAGUACUGUUCAUGACCAUGGAAAGGACCGCUCAAAGGCCGGCCAGCCGGACGUUGAUGAACUUAGUACUCAGCUGGGAAGCAGUGCACUGUUGGAUGAUACGGACCUCCCCCUUAAUACUGUGCCUUCGCAACCGAUACCCGCUCCGGGAGCCGGAAGAAUGGCGUUCGGGACGACCCCUCUAUUCUCCGAAUCGUUGGGAUCUACCACUACCUCAAACUUUCCUCUAGGAGCACCAUCCAGCGGUGGUACAUGGGGUUCGGCAAUUCCGUUUGGACCUCCAGGAUUUGCCAGUACGUCUUGGGGUGCCGGUCCAACUAGCUCUCCUGAAAGCUCUGGUUUCCAUAGCACAAACCAAGUCCUACGGCAAAUCGAGCAGCUUAACCCGCCACUUGACGCUCCAAUUACUUUAGAGGAGAUUGUGGAUAUCUGUGAUACCGAAGGCAAUUCACAGAAUGGUGGUGGCUCUCUUAUUGUUGACUAUGCCGGACCUCGCGGGACCUUCAUCAAGUUCGAGCCCGAAAGCACUAGCCCAUUAUCCGCCACCAUGCCCAACACAUCUCCUGGAGACAUUGGCAGCCCAGUCCCGAGAAAUAGCUACCCUGCCCACAUAGGUAGCGGCAGCGGCGGCACUGCGGCCGGCGCUGGUAGCUCCAAUCCUAGAUACUUCCCUUCUACCAACGCUCCCCCUCCCGCUGGAUGCUAG